UUGGCAGCACUGGCAGUCGGAUGCGUGUUGGUGUUUGUGCAGUGAGGUGGAUCGAGAAAAAGUGACGAUUUUUCUGAUUUUUCGUAAAAAUUAUUGAGAAAAACUCUUAACUUUUCUUAAAACUAUCAAAGAUGAGUGCGAACACAAUAGUUACGCUAUAGUAACCCAGUUUUUCGUGAGUUAGAUUGCUGUGAUUGCAUUUGCAAAAUUUACCUUGCAAAAUCGAACGAAAGACAAGAUAAAGGGUAACAAAAAUAGCAGCAGCAGAAGCAGAACGGUGCGACACCAGCAUAGGGCGGUAGCAAUCGCGCAGACGAACAUUUUGGAGGAAGGUUUUACAUAGAGAAAUUUCAAUGCAACGACGCUACUGAGGAAACCGCGAAAAUUGCAUUUUCGAGAAUUGCUACCUGGAGUUGGUCGUGGUGUUUUGGGCUUGUCGUUGACAAAAACGCUAAGAUAGACGCGGUGUGGGGUUGGGCUUCUGCCCCGCUGCGUUUAGCGGCGAACAGGAUGGGCGAUCCAAUGCUUCCAGGCGCAGCAGGAAGUGCGGGCGCCUCCACUGGCGCCAUUGAUCGGCCACCAUCACCGGCACGACUGUCGCACACCUCGGAGAAGCACCCCAAAGUUACAUUAUCCGAGUUGAAUAUGCUCCGACGCCAUCGCGAACUUUGCGAUGUUGUACUCAAUGUUGGAGGUCGUAAAAUAUUUGCCCAUCGUGUUAUACUUUCCGCAUGCAGUCCAUACUUUCGCGCCAUGUUUACCGGUGAAUUGGAGGAAUCACGACAAACUGAAGUGACUAUACGCGAUAUUGAUGAAAACGCCAUGGAGCUACUCAUUGAUUUUUGUUACACUGCUCAUAUCAUUGUUGAAGAAUCCAAUGUACAGACAUUGUUACCGGCCGCUUGUUUGCUGCAGUUGGUCGAAAUUCAGGACAUUUGCUGUGAAUUCCUCAAGCGCCAAUUGGAUCCAACAAAUUGCUUAGGCAUACGCGCUUUUGCCGAUACGCAUUCAUGUCGUGAACUUUUACGAAUUGCCGACAAAUUCACACAACACAACUUCCAAGAGGUAAUGGAGAGCGAAGAGUUUUUGCUGCUACCAGUCGGACAACUUGUGGAUAUCAUUUGCAGUGAUGAAUUGAAUGUUCGUUCAGAGGAGCAGGUUUUCAAUGCUGUCAUGUCUUGGCUGAAAUACAAUGUUGCUGAUCGGCGUCAACAUUUGGCACAGGUACUGCAACAUGUGCGCUUACCGCUAUUGUCACCGAAAUUUCUGGUCGGUACUGUUGGAUCGGAUUUAUUGGUGCGCUCAGAUGAAGCUUGUCGUGACCUCGUUGAUGAAGCAAAGAACUAUUUGCUCUUGCCACAAGAACGUCCACUAAUGCAGGGCCCUCGUACGCGCCCACGUAAACCUACCCGUCGUGGUGAAGUGUUGUUCGCUGUAGGGGGUUGGUGUUCAGGUGAUGCCAUUGCCUCCGUUGAACGAUUUGAUCCACAAACGAAUGAUUGGAAAAUGGUUGCACCCAUGAGUAAACGACGCUGUGGCGUCGGUGUUGCUGUACUCAAUGAUCUGUUGUAUGCUGUUGGAGGACAUGAUGGGCAAAGUUAUUUGAAUAGCAUUGAGCGUUAUGAUCCGCAAACCAAUCAGUGGUCUUGUGAUGUGGCGCCAACCACUUCCUGUCGCACCAGUGUUGGCGUAGCGGUGCUUGAUGGGUUUCUAUAUGCUGUUGGCGGGCAGGAUGGUGUGCAGUGUUUGAAUCAUGUUGAACGCUACGAUCCUAAGGAAAAUAAAUGGUCUAAGGUUGCACCAAUGACUACGCGCCGUUUGGGUGUGGCUGUAGCCGUACUGAGCGGUUAUCUCUAUGCAAUUGGAGGCUCUGACGGUCAAUGCCCACUGAAUACCGUUGAACGUUAUGACCCAAGGCAAAAUAAAUGGUGUGCCGUCAAUCCAAUGUCUACACGUCGUAAACACCUGGGCUGUGCUGUUUUCAAUAACUACAUUUAUGCUGUCGGUGGGCGUGAUGAUUGCAUGGAGUUAUCUUCAGCUGAGCGCUAUAACCCGCAUACAAAUACAUGGAGCCCCAUCGUAGCGAUGACCUCGCGUCGCAGCGGUGUUGGAUUGGCUGUUGUAAAUGGGCAACUAUAUGCCGUUGGUGGUUUUGAUGGCUCGGCUUACUUAAAAACAAUUGAAGUUUAUGAUCCCGAAACAAACCAGUGGCGUUUGUGUGGCUGUAUGAAUUACAGACGUUUAGGUGGUGGCGUAGGUGUAAUGAGAGCACCGCAGACUGAAAACUAUAUGUGGAUACGUAAAGAUUCCGUUGUUUGAUUGAAUCCAGAGGUGUGUUAUUAUUGAAGCCGGAGCUACGUCGUAACUAUUGUGCGUUGCUACGGCACAUUUUAGGGCUUUUGAGCUUAUACUAAAUUUAUGAUAAGCAAAGUAUAUAUAUUAGAAAACUACAACCAUAAAAACAAAUCGAAUAAACUAUUUAAAACUAAUUAAUUAUAUAAAACCUAUUGCGCAUGAAUUCCAUUUACAACAGAUCAGAUGAAAUGCAUUGUUUGCCGCUUGCCUGUGAUGAUAAUGUGGAUUUUGGAUUUGGGCGAGAGGCACUUGUGCGCUUAGCCAAUAAUCACUUUGUAAAAUUUUUAAUAAAACAUUUCCACAUAGUUGUUUUAAACAGCUACAUGUCCCGUGCGCUGUAAUCGCAAUUGAAAAAGAGAAAGAAAAAAAAAACAAAUCGUUGCUUAUACAGUGCACGGGACAGCGAAAAAUAUUUAUUUGUAAUCGAAUAAAAUCGCAAUACCAUAAGAAAAUUAUGAAUGGAAAAAAUUAAAUUAGUUUUAACGAAGUUAAACGAAAAUAAGCGUAUAUAAAAAUUAUAACUGCCUUCUAACUGCAAAUAACGAGGAAGAAAGAAAGUUUGUUAGUUUUAAUUAAGCACAUUAUCAGUAUCCAUGCGAAAAAAAAUGCGCUAGUGGUUAAAAGAGGUUAGGUUAUUUCAUUAUGCGUUUAUUUUUUUGUUUUUAUUUAUGCACUAUUUCAGAUAUAUUUGUAAUGCUAAAAUGAAAUUGUAUGUAAAUGCAUUGUAUUUUUUGAAGUUCUUUACUAGUAUUUUUUUCAAAUGGUUUCUUGUAAAAUUACUAUUUUUCAAUUCACUCGCAUAAACCCCUGCCGGUAGGAUUUAGUAAUGAAAAACUUUGCAGUGAAAUAACAUUUAUUUUGAAAAAAAAACUUUUUCACUUUAUAAUUCUUACAUCUUCUUAUUUCACAACUAUUUUCAAUUAUUGUUGAAUAAUAGAAAUAGCUGUAAAAUUAAAAAAUAAUCAAAGCAAUACCUGAAUACAACUGGCCAUUGGUUUUUCAUGCCAUACCACACAAUGACUGAGCUAGACUCGUCAUUUUGCCGGAGGGGGUUAAGAGCGUAUCAACAAUUUUAGCUCUACUUCAGUCAAUCUCAUUUUGUACUAUUGUUUCUUUAACCGAAUCAACUAAAAAUGAACCUGAAACUUGCACCUCCCACUCAUAGGAAUAAGCUAUUAAAAAUAUGUUAACAAUUAAUGAAAGAAAAAAUGCAAACAAUGAAAAAAUUGUAGCAGCCUAAGAAAAGAGAACCAAAAAUUUAAAUGUCGAGGAAGUAAAAGAGAUAAUUGAUAAAAAGUAAUUAUGUCAAUGCAUGUGUGGCAUUCUGCUUGAUUUCCGCAGCCAUUUAGUUGCACUCAUGUAUUUACACAUAUACAUACAUAAUUUGUAUGUGCGCAUAAUUUAUCUAUUUUACUUUUAUGAAAGGCCUUUGUAAGAUUAAGUUUAUUUUAGUAUUCUGUUUUUCUUUUUCUGUAAUGAAUUGAUAUAUUUAGGUAUGUAAUAUAAAAAUAUAUAUAUGUAUAUGUAUGUACGUCGGCAUAUCUAUGUGAGAGCAUGCAUCACAUGUACAUGCAUGUAUGUAUGCGUACGUGUAUUUGAAAACUUAUGAACAUUGUUCUUUGAAGCAAUUGCUGGAAAUAAAAAUGUUGAUAAAUUAAGAGAUUAUUAUAUGCAAAACAAAAAGAAAUGAGCGUUGGCAACAACUCUAAAUUGAGUUGCAAUUGAGUUCUACUGUGAAAAGAUAAUCUAAUACUAAUGGACAUUAUUAUUGAAUGCGCUCAAUAAAUUAAUGACUAAUA